AUGUAUUUUAUGGUACAGUUUUUUCUUAUAAUUGUAACAAAUAUUAUCUUUAUUAAUAUUGGAGUUUUUGGAGCAGAUUAUGAAGGUUACAGGAGGUAUUGGAUGCACAGAUAUGACGUCGCUAGGGCUACGGAGUAUUAUUCUAGGUCAGCCGAAAUGGGCCAUCCUUUAUCGCAAUAUAUGAUGGCAUUUUUAUUCUCAUUCGAUGUCAAAAAUGGUCCAGGAUUAGACAAGCAUAGAGCUUUGAAGUAUCUGGAGGAUUCUGCCAAGGGUAAAUACACACCUGCACUGUUGGCACUAGCGUACCACUAUCUGUACCAUCCAACCUCGCCAGAUGUAAAAUAUGCAAUUAAACUAUAUAAACAGGUUAUAAAGGAUGAUGCGUCAUUUUACUCUAAAACUAUCUUUGCCAUAGAUGAUCUGAAGGUGUCUAAGACUAACAUUGAUAAAUACAAGGAGGUUUAUAAGGAAUAUUUGAGUGAAAUGGAGUAUCAAAAUAAAAAGAAAUCUCAAAGGCAACCUGGUACAAAUGACCCUGAUUAUGAUAAAAAACGAGGUUGUGGAAGCUGUAAAUCUGGCCCCAAACCGCCUACUGAGACUAUGAACAAAGUCCAGAAACUUAUGAAUAAGCAUGAGAACAGUCCAGAAAACCUUGCGCCAUACCUUAUAGAACUCGCAUUGAUGUAUAUUAAUGGGAUAGAUUUGCCUAAAAACUAUGAAAACGCCGUAAAGUUGCUCGAGAAGGCUGUUUCUCUUGGGAGUGCUGAGGCUGCCAAUAUUUUGGGUAAUAUUUUCAUGUUUGGGCUUGACGAUCCGGAUCAGGGGAGUCCAAUUCCUGUGAAUCGUCAAAUGGCCCUAAAGUACUUUAAAAUGUCGGCAUUAGAUUACAACCCAGAAUCCCUGUAUUUUUUGGCCGAGUUGGUCGCAUCGGAAGCCUUGGCCAAGGGCACUUCGUACUUUUACUCGCAGCUGGAGUACAGCUAUAAGCUCUACAGGCUGUCAGCAGACUACGGGUACCCGGCUGCAUAUUUAAGGUGCGCUCAGAUGCUGGAGGAGGGGCUUGGAGUUCAGCAUGACUUAGAAAGGGCAGUUCUAAACUACAAAACACUAGCUGAGCACUUUUACCACAACAGCAGCCAAUACGACGGCACCUUUCACUGUGUUAUGGAAGGACAUUUUCAUGAAGCAACUAUAUUCAGUUACUUGUCGGCAUUCUCGGGAAUACAAACUGGUCAAUGGAACGCCGCAAUGCUAUUGAAGGAUAAAAAAUGUGGAAUUUUCAACAAGAGCGACUUCAAAACUCACCUUAGUAACGCGCUUUUACAGGGAGAGACUGAUGCACUUUACCACUUGGCAAAAAUAGCUGAAACGGAUGGAAAGGGGCCACUUUCGCAGGAGCUGUAUCUAAACGGAUUUAAUUCAGGAGAUAUGAGGUGCAUUGAUCCUUUAAUUAAAGCGUAUUCUAAGACUAAUGUGAAUAAGGCCAUUGGCCUGGUCGAAUAUAAAAUGUACAGAGAUGCCAUUGAUCUGAAUAACGGUAACCAACCAUUGGUCACAAACUAUUAUAAUAAGAUGUCCUCCAAAAGAACCUUGGCUUUUCUUAAAAUGAAGAGACUGCUGUAUAAUAUGUUUAGUUAA